CCUGCGCUGCCUCGGCAAGAACGGCAUGUUCGUGGACGGCGUGUUCCAGAGGCGCGGGGCGCCGCCGCUGCAGCUGCCGCGCGUGUGCACGCUUUGGUUCCCGAGCACGAACAUCAAGAUCACGUUCACUGCCCUGUCCAGUGAGAAGAGGGAGAAGCAGGAGGCUCCUGAGUCCCCGGUGAAGCCUGUGCAGGCCCACAUCUCGCCCCUGACCAUCAACAUUCCAGACACCAUGGCCCACCUCAUCAGUCCCCUUCCCUCCCCAACGGGAUCCAUCAGUGCUGCAAACUCCUGCCCAUCGAGCCCCCGGGGAGCAGGGUCUUCUGGGUACAAAAUGGGCCGUGUGAUACCAGCUGACCUCAAUUUAAUGGCCGACAACUCGCAGCCAGAAAAUGAAAAAGAAGCUUCUGGUGGAGACAGCCCAAAGGAUGAUUCAAAGCCACCUUAUUCCUAUGCACAAUUGACCGUACAAGCAAUUACAAUGGCUCCUGAUAAGCAACUUACUCUAAAUGGAAUUUAUACUUACAUCACUAAAAAUUAUCCAUACUACAGGACAGCGGACAAGGGCUGGCAGAAUUCAAUUCGCCACAAUCUCUCUCUGAAUCGUUAUUUCAUCAAAGUACCACGUUCCCAGGAAGAACCAGGCAAAGGCUCAUUCUGGAGGAUAGAUCCUGCUUCUGAAAGCAAAUUAAUAGAGCAGGCUUUUAGGAAAAAAUGGCCUAGGGGUGUGCCUUGCUUUAGAACCCCUCUGGGACCAGCCUCUCCCAAUCACGCUGGAGUGCUGUCUGCCCACUCCAGUGGUGCCCAGACCCCCGAGAGCUCGAGGGAAGGUUCACCGGCCCCCCUGGAGCCUGAGCCCAGCGCCUCACAGCCCAAACUAGCCGUCAUCCAGGAGGCACGGUUUGCCCAGAGUGUACCAGGCUCACCUCUGUCUAGUCAGCCUGUUCUGAUCGCCGUGCAGCGGCCGCUGCCACCGCCGAUCAAGCCCGUCGCCUACACGGUCGCCGCCCCCGUGACCGCCUCGGCCGCCCAGCAGCCCAUCGUGCAGACCGUGCGCGUUGUCCACCAGAUCCCUGCGGCGUCCGUCACUGGCGUGGCCGGCCUGGCCCCGGCGAGCACGUACAUGGUCGCUGGCCAGGCCGUGGUCGCUCAGGCAGCCGUGCUGGCCCCUGCUAAAGCAGAGCCACAAGAGAACGGCGAUCACAAGGAGGUCAGAGUGAAAGUGGAACCUAUUCCUGCGAUUAGCCACGCCACGCUGGGUGCUGCCGGCCGGAUCAUUCAGACGCCACAGAUCACGCCUGUCCAGACGGUCACCAUAGUGCAGCAGGCGUCUCUGGGGCAGCACCAGCUGCCAAUAAAAACUGUAACACAAAAUGGGACUCACGUGGUGCCAGUCCCUGCCCCCGCCGUUCACGGCCAGGUGAACAAUGCGGUGGCAAGUCCCCUGCACAUGCUGGCCACGCAUGCGUCGGCGUCGGCGUCCCUGCCCACCAAGCGCCAGAAUGGCGACCAGCGGGAGCAGCCGGAGCUGAAGCGGGUCAAGACAGAAGACGGCGAGAGCAUCGUCCUCACCCUGAGCGUGGACGCGCCGCCGGCCGCCGGCAGGGAGAAAAGUGUCCAAAACUAG